AUGAUUCGCCUAUCUGACCCAGAGCAGUACACGUCGCUUAUAGACAACUACGAUACCUGGAUGUUCGACUGCGAUGGUGUGUUAUGGCAUGAUGAUCAGCUGAUCGACGGUGCUGUCGAUGUUUUGCGCCUCCUACGACAUCGAAGGAAGACCAUCGUUUUUGUCACCAACAAUGCCACAAAGUCGAGAAGAGAAUACAAGACAAAGUUUGACAAGCUCGGGAUAGAGGCUCAUGUGGAUGAAAUUUACGGAUCUGCCUAUGCGUCUGCGGUAUACUUGUCUUCCGUCGUCAAGUUUCCGAAAGAGAAGAAGGUGUAUGUGAUCGGAAUGUCGGGAUUAGAGGAGGAACUCAAGGAAGAAGGUAUUCAAUAUCUCGGUGGAACGGAUCCCACUGAUUGCACGUUGGCCCCAUUUUCUCUGGCGGAUUUCGUUCUCGACCCAGAUGUUGCGGCAGUUUUGUGCUGUUAUGACAGCAACAUUACCUACACUAAGCUAUCGAAAGCAUUUCAGUAUCUCACUCGAAACCCCGGCUGCCAGUUUCUUGUGACAAAUGAGGACAGCACCUAUCCAAACGCCUAUGGUGUAUUGCCUGGAGGAGGAGCUUUAAGUGCACCGCUCCGCUAUGCUCUGGGAAAAGAUCCACUGUGUAUCGGGAAACCAUCGACUACUAUGUUAGAUUGCAUCAGAGCGAAGAUCAGCUACGAUCCCAAACGUACCAUCAUGGUCGGUGACAGACUCAAUACUGAUAUCCUGUUCGGUCAGAAUGGUGGGAUAUCCACACUUCUCGUCUUGACAGGUAUCACUGUAGAAAGCGACAUCACUGGCCCGAAUGCCUCGAGCAUCGUUCCAGAUUAUGUGACUGAAUCUGUUGGUGACCUUCGAGCUGUUCGAAGAUUGUGA